GUCUCCAGCAGAGCAGACUGAGGUGUGUUUCAGGGAGCUGUUGAGCCGAGCUGCUUACGGACACAUUACCAACGCUAUCAGACCUGUGCUGAUGCACCUGGACAGUCAUAGUCUUUGGGAAGGACGAAGCUUUGCAGUUCAGUGUUUUCAGAUCAUCAUGUACUCCAUCCAGUCCCAGCAUUCACACCUGGUCAUCCAGCAGCUGUUGGGUCACCUGGACGCUAACAGCAAGAGUCCAGCUUCAGUCAGAGCCGGGAUCGUAGAGGUCCUGUCUGAAGCUGCAGUUAUAGAAGCCACUGGAUCUGUGGGUCCCACAGUGCUGGAGGUGUUCAACACGUUACUGCGGCAGCUCAGACAGAGCGUCGACUACCAGCUGACUGGUUACUAUGACAACACCGGAAAACGCAGAACCACGUCGACUGAAGAGAAAACGCUGCAGGACGGCGUCAUCAGGACUAUCGGAUCCUUCGCCAACACACUUCCCAUCUACCAGAGGUCAGAGGUCAUGCUGUUCAUCAUGGGGAAGAUCCCAGUCCCUGGUAUCUACCCCGCCCUGGGGUCGCCCAACUCCGGGUUGGAAGGCAGCAGGAUGAUCCAGGUGAUGCUGUUGAAGUCUCUCCUCCAGGUCUCGGAGCGUUAUGAAAGCAGUAAUCUUCUGACGGCGUUGCCCUCGUCCUUCCUGGAGCCUCUGCUGUCCUUCACUCUGAUGGAGGAUCCGGAGAUCCGUCUGCUGGUCCUGUCCAUCCUCACCUCGCUCAUCGACAGACGCCACAACGCCGCCAGACUCACCGCUGCCAGUGUGAUGUUUGAUGUCUCCGUGUUGGAGCUGAAGGAGGACAGAUGCUCUCGACAAGACAACUUGUUCAUAAGGAAGAAUGCGCAGCGUCUCUACAGACACGUCUACCUCACCUGUAAGGAGGAAAGCAGUGGGCGGGGCCACUACCGGGCCCUCGUCACCCUGCUGGCUGUCCUCGGUGUGGAACUGGCCAAUGAGGAGGUGGUGGUGGACCUGAUCCGACUGGUGCUCGCCCUGCAGGAGCUGGCAUUGUCCCCUCACGAGUGUUUGUCAGUGUUUAACCGUUGUGGCGUUCACGCCGUCUGCGCCGCCUUCCUCAACCUGUUGUCCCAGCUCGGUCCGCCUCCACCGUUCCACCUACACGUCACACAGGUCAUAGAGCGUCGGCAGGGGAACGCUCCACACCUGCUGCCCAAAGACGUGUUCUGUGAUGAACCCAGACUACCACAGGGGGAGCUGAUGGUGGAUGAAACCUUUCUGUUCGUCCAAUCGAAGAUCUGCGAGGCUCUGACAGGAAGCAGCUACAGCGCACACACCGAGCGCUUCAACACGCCAUACACACCUCAGCUAACAGAUGAGGAUCGUCUGUCUAAGAGGAAGAGUAUUGGAGAUGUCAUCUCUCUGCAGAUCGACAUGGACCCUCAGUACUGCCCUGAUACACAGCAG